AUGGGGAUGCUCAGCCUGCCCGGCUUUCUGUCCUGCGGGAAGAAGAAGGUCUGUGCUGUCCUGCCAGGGGCCAGGUGGAGUGGCAGCCAAAAAACUGACUCUGCCCGUCCUGUCUGGCUGGUCAGCUAUCCCAAGGACUUCAGUUUGUCAUAUGAAGGAGAUCCCAGCUGCACCGAUGAGAAUGCGGAGCGUGGCAACUGGGCAAACAAAAGCGAAUACCUGCUGUCCUUGGUGGGCUAUGCCGUGGGCCUGGGCAACGUCUGGCGCUUUCCCUACCUCGCCUACCAGAAUGGAGGAGGUGCUUUUCUAAUCCCCUACACCAUCAUGCUGGCGUUAGCUGGCUUGCCCUUAUUUUUCAUGGAAUGUUCCCUUGGGCAGUUUGCCAGUCUAGGGCCAGUUUCCGCCUGGAGAAUGCUACCAUUGUUUCAAGGAGUGGGCAUCACAAUGGUCGUCCUCUCAACACUUGUGACUAUCUACUACAAUGUUAUCAUUGCUUAUGCACUCUACUAUUUAUUUGCCUCAUUUCAAAAAGUGCUGCCGUGGUCAGAAUGCUUUUCCUGGGCAGAUGAACUCUGCAGCAAGACACGAAUAGUAAAUGACUGCAACACAACCUUCCAUGGGGAUAUCAUUCGUGCAAACUACUCAUUUGUCACGGCCAACAAUCUCACAUGUAUAAAUGGCACCAUAAGCUACAAACCAGUGCAAUUUCCCAGUGAGCAAUACUGGAACAAAGUGGCUCUGCAGCGCUCGAGUGGGCUGGACGAGACCGGCAGGAUCGUCUGGUACCUGGCUCUCUGCCUCCUCCUCGCCUGGAUAAUUGUUGCAGCUGCCCUGUAUAAAGGAAUCAAAUCUUCUGGAAAGGUUGUCUACUUUACUGCACUCUUCCCAUAUGUCAUCCUGCUCAUCCUGCUGGUGCGAGGUGCCACCCUGGAAGGUGCUUUGGAUGGCAUAGAGUUCUACAUUGGGAAGGAGUCCAACAUCACCAAGCUGAUGGAGGCAGAGGUUUGGAAAGAUGCAGCCACCCAGAUAUUUUUCUCCCUGUCUACAGCAUGGGGCGGGCUUGUUGCUUUGUCUUCAUACAACAAGUUCCACAACAACUGCUACGCAGAUGCCAUUCUAGUUUGUGUGACCAACUGUGCCACCAGUGUAUUUGCUGGGUUUGCAAUAUUCUCCAUCCUGGGACAUAUGGCAUUUGUGUCUCAGAGGCCUGUCUCAGAGGUGGUGGACUCAGGGUUUGACCUGGCCUUUGUAGCCUACCCAGAGGCUCUCUCCCAGUUACCAGUUUCUCCUCUGUGGUCCUCCUUGUUUUUCUUCAUGCUUGUGCUUUUGGGCCUUGACUCCCAGUUUGCCAUUGUAGAAACACUUACAACCACCAUUCAAGAUAUAAAUCCCAGCAUAAUGAAAAAAUUAAGAGGACCUAUAACCCUGGGUGUAUGUGCAGUAUUGUUUUUACUUGGGCUUAUCUGUGUUACUCAGGCAGGAAUUUACUGGGUUAACCUAAUAGAUCACUUCUGUGCUGGAUGGGGACUCCUCAUUUCAGGUGCCCUGGAGAUAAUAGGCAUCGUCUACAUUUAUGGAGGAAAAAGGUUCAUUGAAGACAUUGAAAUGAUGAUUGGAAAGAAGAGCAAUUCAUUCUGGGUGUGGUGGAAAAUAUGCUGGUUUUUCGUCACUCCUGUGCUGUUAAUAGCUAUUUUGGUCUGGUCUUUGACCACAUUUUCAAAUCCCACUUAUGGCUCAGUGAUAUACCCAGCCUGGGGAAACAUUCUUGGCUGGUGCAUGAUCAUCUUCAGCAUCAUGUGGAUUCCUAUUGUUGCUAUUGUAAAAAUACUUAAAGCUGAAGGAAACCUUCUUGAGCGCAUUGCCAGCUGCUGCCGGCCUGCAGCAAACUGGGGCCCCUACCUGAAGCGUCACCGAGGGGAGCGGUACAGCCACAUGGUGGACCCCAAGGACAAGGAGCACGAGAUUCCCACUGUGUCUGCCAUCGUAUACAAGCGACGUUGA